AUUACACUUUGUUUAUAUUUUAGGUUAGGAAUUAUCGAACUUACGGAUUAUUGAUAAAACUUCAAUAAUAUAAACUUGUUUUAAUUACUAAUUUAGAGAUAUGGAAAAUCAAGAUACACCUCAAAUAAUUACUCAUAUUGAACAUAAUCUGGAUCAUUCUUUAUUCGACUGCAAGUGGAUACCAUGUUCUGCAAAGUUUGUUGUGAUAGGGUCCUUGCCGAAAGGCUCAGGGACUAUAGAAAUAUUUGAAAUUACUUCUGGAGAAGCGCGGAAAAUAAAGGAGAUUGAGAGACCCAACGCCUUCAAGUGUGGCACAUUUGGCGCCAGCAGUGAUGUGGAAAGACGAUUGGCUACAGGAGACUUCAAAGGGACCAUGGAAAUAUGGGAUUUAGAAAGGAGCACCCAAGUGUACAUAACAAAAGAACAUACAGACAUAAUAAACUCCAUAGAUGGAAUGGGCGGUAACACUGUCAGUUGUGGAGCCCCUGAAAUUGUCACCGGAAGCAGAGAUGGGACUGUUAAAAUUUGGGAUCCUCGUCAAAGAGGAAAACCAGUAGCGAACAUGCAACCAGCUCAAGGAGAAACCAAAAGAGACUGUUGGGCUGUAGGCUUCGGCAACUCGUUCAAUGAUUCUGAACGAAUAGUCGUCGCUGGCUAUGAUAAUGGAGAUUUGAAAAUGUUUGACCUUCGCACAAUGUCUCUCAGAUGGGAGUGUAACCUCAAGAAUGGGGUAUGUUUCGCUGAAUUCGACCGUAAAGACAUUCCAAUGAACAAGCUUGUUGCAACUACUUUAGAAGGAAAGUUCCAUGUAUUUGAUGUAAGGACCCAAAACCCAGCUAAAGGUUUUGCUCAGGUCAUGGAUAAUACCACCAAAAGUGGGACUAUCUGGGUGGCGCGACACCUCCCGCAGAACCGCGACAUAUUUAUAACUUGCGCAGGCAAUGGACAAGUUACUCUUUGGAAAUACGAAUACCCCGAGCAGCGCUACCGGACCGACGAAAAGGGCGCGGCCGUCGGCGUCCCCGGCAAGCUGCGUCGUCUCCAACGCAUGGUGGUCAGCACACAGCCCAUCAACUCGCUGGAGUGGAACCGCGACCACCAGGGUCUAGCCGUGGCUACUGCCUACGACCAGUACGUUAGGGUUUUAGUUACCACCAAGCUCAACUUACAGUGAGAGUGAUGAGUUACUACGAAUAUUUUUGGACAUGUGAAAACAGACUUCAUUCUACUACUAUUAUUGCAACUUCAGUCUCCAGACUUGAGACGCCUCCAACGUACAAUCACAGAAUAAUAAUAAGUACUACGUACAGAAGUUUUACUUCGCGAAUGUAUUUAAAAAAAUGUAUGCUCAAUGUCAUUGACAAUAUGGUGUAAUUUAGCCUGUCUCAAGAGUCAAGAGUCAAGCACCAUUUUGUUGACAAACGUCAGUGAUCGGCACUGCGCCGAAGCUAUAGGGCUGACUUCGGUAAAAUGAUGUGACGUGAGGUGCCAAACUGCGGAAAAUGGCGGAGGAAAUACAUGAUUUAGCCUGAGGAUUUAGCAUGAAUUAUCAUGAAAUUAACUACUUAUUUACCUCUCAGUGUCUUGAGGCAACUUAAAAAAGUACAUUCUGUGUUUUUAUUAUUAUUUAGGCAGUUAAAUGCUGCACAGUAUUUAGUACACCAUUUCCUUUAUUUUCUUCCAUCAUACACAAGAAUACGCGUGCGUGAGUCAAUGUUCGAUCGUAUGUGAGGCCUUGUCGAAUAGUAUCCUGUAGGUGGGCCAUCGUGCGUGUUUUGUUUUCGAUGUAAACUCGCGGAGAUGAAGAGGCCUGGUACAAUGAAUGAGAAGUUACUUCAUCCUAUUGCUACAUGAGAAGGCUUUAGCGAAUAGCCAUUGCGGUCAAAUACCUAAACACCAGAAUCUGGCUAUUGCUACUGCUUACGACCAGUACAUCAGGGUUAAGGUCACCACUAAACUCAACUUACAGUGAGAGAAAGGAAUAGCUUUGUACGUAGGUAACAAACUUCAAACCUUUGCUACGAGUCUCCAGUCCAAUUGACAUGACUUCAGCGCCACACUUAGAUCUGCACAGCUUAGCGUUAAGACUGGACUUGCGAGUGCUGAUCGCUACCAAGCUCAACUUACAUUGAGAGUGAAGAGAAUGAUAAAAUGCUACUUUUUAGUUCAAUGCUAGUUGAACCUACUUUUUAGUAUUUAUUGAGAUAUUUUAUUUUUGCAUUAAAUAGAUACUAUUUUUUAUGUUUAGGACAUACCUAGGUGUAUAUAAGAUUAUUAUUUUUUAGUUUUAACUGAAGAAAAUGUUAUUUUAGUGUUUAUGUUGUUAUUUAAUUAAAAAUGCAAUGUACUUACAGGUUUAAAAUAAAACAUCAUGUCAAUUUUCUAACUCAAAAGAGCGAUUUAUUAUCCUAGCACUUAUCAUAAAUAAAAUUAAGGCUAGAAUUCAGUUCUUAUUACCACUAAUAAUGUUAGAACAUGUUUUACACUUCUCUCUGGAGUUCGAAUUUGCUCGUACAAAACGAAACCCAUGUAUUCGAACGAUACACUCGUCUGUAUAUCGUUUGCACUAUUGUAUUUAUCGAUACUCAACAUCGGAGCUCACAAAUAUCCAGUUAGAUUGCUUACACUCAUCUCUAAAGGGAAGUGUAAAACUUUUAUCGCAAAAGCAUCACUACUUUUCAACGUAACUGCUUCGUUCUAAUGAAAAAUAAUGCUAAAUAUAUCGAAACAUGUAUUUAGUGCAAAUAAUUUUUACAACACAUUUCAUUCACACAAUGCUACACAAAUGUAGACGUCUAUACUAUAAAAUACAGGGUGAAUAAUGGCAUUGUGUCAGUCGACGAAAUUUUAAAAUGUAACUGGUAUAUAAAGAUCGAUCGCAAUCUUGUUUGCUGCAUACAAACGUUUCUAUAUCUGUAAAAAUUAUCGAUUUUAUUGUCUGAACCUUAUAAACACAUGGCGGUAAGCGCGAUAUUUGUAUUAUACGUAGUGGUUAGUACGUGUGAACUAACCUCUCUAAGAUCCACAAAUAUGCACGUACAGUCAGCGUCAAAUAGUUCGUGACACCCAAAGUGGCCAAAAACUUUUUGGUUUGUGCCACGCCCCGCGUACGUCACACGACUUUAUUAUAAACCUUUAUUCACCCUGCACGCAUAACCUAUAUCAGCUCACUGUAACGCAAUCUUUUGUAACUCAUCUACUUUAUGUAGCCAUGUCGAUACAUAAACCAAUGCUAAAAGGCUGUUAAAAUACCUACAUUGAUAUAACCACUUACUAUAGACUCUUUAAAUAAGCAUUUUUUUUACCAAAUCUAGUCUAAAACAAGUAUAAUGCUAUGUGCAAUUAUUUGCAUUUAGUAAUUCAAUUAAUAGUUCUCGUUAAGACAACACAUGAAUAAUAAAUCGUUACAUUUGUCCCGCGAUUUGUCGUCUCAAAGGCGUUAACUUUACGUGGUAUCACUAACUAGUGAAUUCAAAUUGUACAAAAACUAAAUUUUCAUACGUCGUAAGCUAACGAUUGCUACGCCUAAUAACUUACAUUAUUUAUACAAUAUGCCCCCGAGGUUACCGAAAUGCCUGUCCGCUACACAUUCAACGUUUUUCUCUUACUUUCUUACAUCGUAAUGCAUGUAUAUUUAAAGAUUUGUAGUUUUUAAAACGUUGAAUGUGUAGUUAUCGGGCUGAUUCUGUCAUAUAACGAAAAGCUGCUCUGAGAUCGACAACUAUGAGUCUUAUCACAUACCGCUACUUGACGCUUAGGUCUACUUAGAAGUUUGUUAUCAUUUCACUAAUCACAGGUUUCUUAUUUCAACGAUUGAUGUAGUCGUUGGCAAUUAACAUCUAGUCUUUUUCUUUUUAUUUAAGUCAUUUAUUUUUUUUAAAGG